ACCAUCCGGUGUCGGGGUCGGCGCCAGAACAUGAGGUUCCUUCUGUACAAAGAUGGAAACCUGACCGUGCUGCAGGACGUGGAGCCGGCUGGGGAUGUGACUCAGUUUCCCAUCCACGAUGUGAGCCGGAGGGACGCAGGGAGCUACAGCUGCUAUUAUCGCUCCAAAUCAGACCCGCCCGUCUGGUCGUACCCCAGCGACCCCGUGGAGCUGGUGGUAGCAGAUCUCCCUGCGCCCGGACCCUCCAUCUCCGUCAGCCCCAGUGGGGUGAUCACCACGGGGGGAGCUGUCACCAUCCAUUGUCAGUGUCAGUGCGAGACCAGGAGAUUAUUUCUGUACAAAGAUGGAAUCGAAAUCCGGGAGCUGAAUGCUACUGGGGACGGGGGUGAAUUCACCAUCCCCAGAGCCAGAUGGGAGGACGCAGGGUUCUACAGCUGCCGAUCUCGCUCCAGAUCGGAGCCACCCAACUGGUCAGAUCCCAGUGAUUUCGUGCGGAUUGUUGUAUCAGAGCUCAGAUACCCCAAACCUUCCAUCUCCCUGCGCCCCAGCAGGGGGGUCGCCCUGGGGGGAGCCGUGACCGUCUGGUGUCGGGGUCGGCACCAGAACAUGAGGUUCCUUCUGUACAAAUUUGGAAACCCGAAUGUGCUGCAGGACGUGGAGCUGGCUGGGAAUGUGGCUGAGUUUCCCAUUCGCAACGUGAGCCGGAGAGACGCAGGGAGCUACCGCUGCUGUUAUUGCUCCAAAUCCGACCCGCCCGUCUGGUCAGAGCCCAGCGACCCCGUGGAGCUCGUGAUAGCAGAGGGAACCGACCCAGCGAGGCCCCAGGAGCCGCAUCCCCCUCCGACAGAGCCGGCGGGAGAAGCAGCCCCCCCCAGGCGCCUGGAUUUCACCCAUGCCAACAUCGCCCGCCUGGGGCUGAGCGCCGUGAUCCUGCUCAUCCUGGGGCUGAUCCUGGCCGAGGCCUAUUACAGCCGCCCAAGGGGGCGCCCUAGGAGCCUGGAUCUGGCUGUACAGAGAAGAGAAUCUCCCCAGGGAACGAGCCGCUUCCCCUCGGGGGGCUGA